CAUGGCCCCGGCCGGCCGCCUGCUCGCGCUCCUGGCCCGGCCGCAGAGCCCGGCGCGCGCGGGGGCCAUGGCGCAGCCCAGCUGCUUCGCGCUCGAGCUCCCGGGCUGCAGCCUGGCGCACUUCGCCGUGGGCACCGCCGCCGCCCCCGACCCGGCCCCGGCCCCCGACCCGCGCGCCGCCGCGCUCCUGGGCCCCCCGGGCCGCAGCUACGCGCUCUGCGUGCCGGUGGCGCCGGGCAGGGACUGCGCCGCCCGGGUGCGCGCCGCGCGGCUGCUCCAGCGCCUCCUCCCGCAGCUGCGCCGCGGGCCCCUCGGGCGCUGCCAGCUGCGCCGGAUGCUGCGCUACUGCCCGGGCGGCGGGGCGGGCGGCCUGCAGCGGGGGGUGCUGCUGCGCGACCCCGACGACAGCCCCGACACGCGGCGCGCGCUGCUGGCGCUGCUGGACUCGUGCCUGGAGGCCCCGCGCCCGAGCCUGGGCGAGUUCGUGGGCGACGAGAGCCACCGGCUGUGGCAGCGCCCGUGGGAGCUGCGAGGCGGCCGGGAGUGGCGGCAGGUGGACCCCGAGCGCGUGGUGCCCGCCCCGGAGCCCGCGCUGCACCCCGUGGUGCCCGACCUGCCCAGCUCGGGGGUCUUCCCCCACCGGGAGGCCGCGCGCGCCGUGUUGGAGGCGUGCACGCCCUUCCUGCCCGAGGCCCGGGCCGUGCUGGAGCUGGUGGACCAGUGUCCCGGGCGGCUGCACAGAGGCACGUUCCCGGUCAUUGUCGUGGAAGGCCUGGACGCCACAGGCAAAACCACCGUGACCCGGGCGGUGGCCGACGCCCUCCAGGCCGCGCUGCUGAAGUCGCCGCCCGCCUGCGUCAGCCAGUGGCGGCAGACCUUCGACGACGAGCCCGCCAUCGUCAGGAGAGCCUUCUACUCUCUGGGCAACUACAUCGUGGCUUCCGAGAUCGCCCAGGCGUCCGCCCGGGCCCCCGUGGUGGUGGACAGGUACUGGCACAGCACGGCCGCCUACGCCAUCGCCACCGAGGUGAGCGGGGCCGUCCAGCACCUGCCGCCGGCCCACCACCCCAUCUACCAGUGGCCGAAGGACCUGCUGAGGCCCGACCUGGUGGUGCUGCUCACCGUGAGCCCCGAGGAGAGGUUGACGCGGAUCCAAGGCCGGGGCCCGGAGCGGACCCGGGAGGAGGAGGAGCUGGAGGCCAACAGCGUCUUCCGGCAGAAGGUGGAGGUCUCCUACGAGCGGAUGGAGAACCCGGGCUGCCACGCGGUGGACGCCAGCCCCUCCAGGGAGAGAGUCCUGCAGGCGGUGCUCGGCCUCGUCCGCGAUCGCUGUCCUCAGCUGCCGUGACUCGCGCCUGGCCCUGUCGGCGCCUCGCAGCCCAGGCGGGGCGCACGCUUCCCAGCACG